AGCCGUUCCAAUCGCAGACGCGUCUGCGGCACCUGCAGGAAGCGAGGUCGGAGACUGCACGCUGGCGGAGGCACAGAGGCGGCGAGCAAAUACAGGUGGCUGAGCCCUUUCUCGUCUCCAGCCUCACAGGGACUAGGAAAACAGCCCGCAUCCACAGGGCAGGAUGGCCGCAGACACAGCCAUGCAGACAGAGCUGGAGGAGCUGCAGAGACGGGCCAAUCAGGUGACAGACGAGUCUCUGGAAAGCACUCGACGGAUGCUGCAGUUGGUGGAAGAGAGCAAAGAUGCAGGGAUCCGAACUCUGGUCAUGCUGGAUGAGCAAGGAGAGCAACUGGAUCGCAUUGACGAGGGCAUGGAUCAGAUCAACCAGGACAUGAAGGAGGCAGAGAAAAACCUCACAGACAUGGCCAAGUGCUGCGGGCUGUGUGUCUGCCCAUGUGCCAAGCUGAAGAAUUUCGAAGCCAGCGGGGCGUACAAGAAGGUGUGGGGCAACAACCAAGAUGGCGUGGUGUCCAGCCAGCCCUCCUCCCGUGUGGUGGACGAGAGAGAAAGGAUGACCAUGAGCGGGGGCCACAUCCGCAGGGUGACAAACGAUGCUCGCGAGGACGAGAUGGACGAGAACUUGGAGCAGGUGGGCAGCAUCCUGGGAAACCUCCGCAGCAUGGCGCUGGACAUGGGCAACGAGAUCGACACGCAGAACACGCAGAUUGAUCGCAUCAUGGAGAAGGCCAUCGUCAACAAUUCCCGGAUCACAGAAGCCAACCAGCGAGCCACCAAGCUGAUAUCCGGAUAAGAGCAGGGAAAUGAGAAGGAACAGCAGUGGGAAGAGGACGAGCGCGUCUCCACACUGACACACACACAGGAACACACACAGGCUCCACUGCCUUUCGAACAUUCCCACGAGAAGAAAACCUUUCAAGGAGUCACGUGGCCCACUGUCCCGGACACAGGAGGGCCAGUGAUCACCCCCCUGCCUUCGCAGCCCUGUCCCCCUGAGGGCAGGCGUGUGAACCCCUCCCACUGGACAUCACCCAGAUUCUGCCGCAGACGCUGAACGCUGUGUGUUUGUAGGUGUUGUGUACAGUCACUGAAAACGGUUGUCUGUUUAUAUGUAUAUUUCUAAACACUGUAGUAACUCCUGUUAGUACCAGACUACAGUAUAGUCACGUAUUAAUCUUAUGUUAAGAAGGAGAGGGAAAACUUCAUACAUUUUAACUAACACUGAUUCUUUGUGAAGUAUAGUCUGCUACAGUAUAUCUGCUUUCCUGACACAACCAUUCAGGAUUUACUUUUUCAUCCAUCCUUCCUAAGUAUUUAAGUUUAUAAAGUGCAACCUGAGACAAAAUGAAUAUAAAUGGGACGCUGUCUGUGCUCAGGGAAUUACGGUUUCCUGCUAGAUUAUAUAGGUAUAUAUAUAUAAUAUUGUACCCUACACAGAAAAACAGCAUGCCAAUCCAUAUAUUUAAAUAUUAUUAAAACAUAUUUAUUCUCAAUAUCUAAAACACACGGGGAAACGGUUGGUUUGCUCUGGCCCUAAUGUGAGCGCUCUCGGGUGUAGAAAAUUCUUCGACAGAUCAGUUGUGGUCUGUCGAUUUAUUUUUCUCUGCCAGAAAUGAUCAACCAUUUCGCUUCCUUCCCCCCCUCAAGACUGCCGCCCAGCUUUUUUUCGUCCCAGAGAAUAAAUCUUUUAUGGAAUGCCCUCCAGUGGCCAGAGGUUGUGAUCGAUUUCUUAGUCCCAAUAUUAAACUAAUGUGCGUGACAUACACGACAGGAAGAGAUUCGCGUUUGAUUGCGUUUAAGGUCGGGGCAAAUCACUUCUUAUGUAGAACGCAAUCAUAGAUUAUAUAUUUAUACUAUAACACAAGUUACUGUGUCCCGUUAUUCAGGGAACAAAACAUGUGCAAGUCCUGGGACGCCCGAGUAAAUGCGGUCUGUCACGACAGGUACAGAAAAACCGGGGAGCGGGUUUCUGUUUAAUUGUGUUGGAGUGGACAUGUGCGCCACCUCAAGUGUAAAGACGGGAACACAUCAUGUUGUAGCUGCCGUGUCCGACUCCUUUUGGAAGACGGUUUUUCUGUGUUUCUCGGAAGCUCUAGAAACUGUCUCGGUGUUGUGCGUGUUUCUGGUGCAUGGCUCCCGUGCGCCCACUCGCGCAGAGACGUGUAUCUGUGCGCCAGCUCGGGCCGUGGGAGGGUGGGAACCGGCACAGCACGACUCAUUAUCACCCCGCCGUCCAUCUUCCCACUGGGAUGCCACGGCGUUUUAGCUGAGGCAGAAAAAGAUUUCUUUUCGUGGUGCAGAACAAGCUGCAGGGAAACAGCCCCAUAGGGGGCGCUGUUGUCCUCGAUAUCUCGUGUGUGGCAGUCGCCCUGAGCAACCGGCGACAGCCUCAAGCCACGCGAUGAAAUCCCUCCUUUGAGUAUUGUAAGAACUAACAAAGAAACGAUCACAAGAGUAUGAGCGGAGUGGGUUAGCAUGCGGGAUGGCUAAUUACUCGACCCUGUCCGAACCCUUCUCCCCGCCUGCGUGUGUCGCGCAGUUAACAACACGGUCUUUAUCGCACAGGAGACACAUCGGGCCUCGCUUCGCCCAUCCUCACGAAAACCCUGCUCUGGAAAGACCAGGCCGCUGUGGCUUGUAACACCGUGCACCUCAGGCCGCGCCUGCACCGCAGUAUGCGUCCGAUGGCUGUUCCGAGAGGCUCUGUCACUAAAACAUUGCUGUGUUUGCACGUCUGUUAUCCAGCCACCUGCUCUGCGGGGUGACCGAGCUCACGCUGUUCAGAUUUCCGCACCGGGCUUUGUUCUCUCGUCUCUGGACGGGCCGCCAGCCCCAGCUGUGUUUGCACGGCUUCGUCAUGUGCCGCAUGUCUGUUAUUAAACGGUGGGUUGUGACCGUGGCAAAACCUUCGCUUGGCUUUCCUGUUGUCGUUCACUGUGAGCUGGGGCCCAGCAGAGCGAGAGGCCAUGUGCUCAGCGGUGUGUGUGGUCGCGCAGGGAGGCGGGCCAGGCCGUCUCUCGCCUCUCGCCCUGAACUAGAUCGUGUCGUCCGGUCCCUGAUGGUUUCAGUUCCUGUCCUGAAGCUUAUACAUGUCCCU